AGUCCCUUUCAUGUCUGAUGAGUCGUCUUCGGGGAUGGUUCCCGUUCUGUGCCAACAGAAGGUCUGGGGAGCAUUGCCGCCGGGAUUCCUCUAGUCUCAGUCAGACCAUUAAGUAUGGUCUUUUUAUGGGAAUUUGGGGUCUGCAUCCCACUGAUCUCCUGCUCCCUCAGGAGUUCUCUGUUGUGCUCCCUGUCAGGGCAGUCAUCGAUUGUGGCCGGGCACCAACUAGUUCUUCUGGUCUCAGGAUAAUGUAGGUCUCUGGUUCAUGUGGCCCUUUCUGUCUCUUGGGCUCUUAGUUGUCCUGUGACCUUGGUGGUCUUCAUUUUCCUUUGCUCCAGCUGGGUUGAGACUAAUUGAUGCAUCUUAGAUGGCCGCUUGUUAGCAUUUAAGACCCCAGACGCCACAUUUCAAAGUGGGAUGCAGAGUUUUCAUAAUAGAAUUAUUUUGCCAAUUGACUUAGAAGUCCCCUCAAACCAUGUUCCCCAGACCCCCGCCCCUGCUCCGCUGACCUUUGAAGCAUUCAUUUUAUCCCAGAAACUUCUUUGCUUUUUGUCCAGUCCAAUUGAGCUGACCUUCCAUGUAUUGAGUGUUGUCUUUCCCUUCACCCAAAGCAGUUCUUAUCUACUGAUUAAUCCAUAAAAAACCCUCUCCCUCCCCCCUUCGUAACCACAAAAGUAUGUGUUCUUCUCAGUUUUUACUAUUUCUCAAGAUCUUAUACUAGUGGUCUUAUACAAUAUUUGUCCUUUUGCCUCUGACUCAUUUCGCUCAGCAUAAUGCCUUCCAGGUUCCUCCAUGUUAUGAAAUGUUUCACAGAUUCGUCACUGUUCUUUAUCGAUGCGUAGUAUUCCAUUGUGUGAAUAUACCACAAUUUAUUUACCCAUUCAUCCGUUGACGGACACCUUGGUUGCUUCCAGCUUUUUGCUAUUGUAAACAGAGCUGCAAUAAACAUGGGUGUGCAUAUAUCUGCUUGUGUGAAGGCUCUUGUAUCUCUGGGGUAUAUUCCGAGUGGGAUUUCUGGGUUGUAUGGUAGUUCUAACUGUUUAAGAUAACGCCAGAUAGAUUUCCAAAGUGGUUGUACCAUUUUACAUUCCCACCAGCAGUGUAUAAGAGUUCCAAUCUCUCCGCAGCCUCUCCAACAUUUAUGAUUUUGUGUUUUUUGGAUUAAUUCCAGCCUUGUUGGAGUGAGAUGGAAUCUCAUCGUAGUUUUAAUUUGCAUUUCUCUAAUAGCUAAUGAUCGAGAGCAUUUUCUCAUGUAUCUGUUAGCUGCCUGAAUAUCUUCUUUAGUGAAAUGUGUGUUCAUAUCCUUUGCCCACUUCUUGAUUGGGUUGUUUGUCUUUUUGUGGUUGAGUUUUGACAGGAUCAUGUAGAUUUUAGAGAUCAGGCGCUGGUCUGAGAUGUCAUAGCUGAAAAUUCUUUCCCAGUCUGUAGGUGGUCUUUUUACUCUUUUGGUGAAGUCUUUAGAUGAGCAUAGGUGUUUGAUUUUUAGGAGCUCCCAGUUAUCUGGUUUCUCUUCAUCAUUUUUGGUAAUGUUUUGUAUUCUGUUUAUGCCUUGUAUUAGGGCUCCUAAGGAAGUUUUUUCUAAUGUCUAACCUCUAGCUUUCUUGCCGCAGUUUCAGCUUGUUCCUCCCGUUUCAGGCCUCAGAAUAACUGGCUUCUCUCCUCUCCCUCAUCCCAAGCCACAAAGUCUAAGGUAGAAAUUGAGGCACCACAGCUCUUGGCGUCCUAAGCCUAGUGUCCUCAGUUUCCCUAUGGUGCUGAAGUGUCAUCUCCCCCUGUUUUUCAUAGGCUUCCUGCCUGUCUCAGCGGAGUUCUUUCUUAGAGGGGACGUGUGGCUGGAGGGAAGGGACAUGCAGAAAAGGGCAGAAAUUCUCAUAAUAAUCAUUGCCACCGUUUGUUGAGUGUUUAUCAAAUGCCAAGUGCUGAUCUAAAUCCUUGUAACACAUUAACUCAUUUAAUCUCACCGUAAAAGCAAACCAACCCAGUUGCUCUCAAGUUGAUUCCUACCCCGUGUGUGUCAGAGUAGAACUGUGUUCAAUAGGAUUUUGAAUGAGUGUGACUUUUCAGAAGUAGAUCGCCAGGCCUGUCUUCCAAGGUGCCUCUGGGUAAAUUUGAACCACCAACUUUUUGGUUAGCAGCUGAGUGCUUAACUUUUUUGGGCCACCUAUGAGCCCCAUUUUACAGAUGAGGAAACCAAGGCAAGAGAACUUUUUAAUUUGCCCAAGUUCACACGGCUAAAAAUUGGAUCCCAGCCACGUUUCUAACUGGGAUUCAAACUCAGCAUGCCUGAUUCCAAAGCUGACUCAUGCCUUUUGAUCAUCAUGAAGGAUGAACAAAUAGAGUCACUUAAGACCCCCCCCCCCAUUUAGGUGUCAGGCACUGGGGUAUAUGCAGUUACAUAUGUUAUCUCAUGAUACUCCUACAACCCUGAGAGGGGAUUUUUCUUGUUCCUAUUUUACAGGAGGGAAAAUUGAGGCCCACUACCCGAGCAACUCCACACCCAGAGCCAUUUGAAUCUCAUAGCCCAGAACUUGACUCACAAAGUAGUUAAGUAUGGAAUUACCCCAGAUUCAGGAAGGCAGGGCUGGCUUUAUACACUGAAAGGCUGAUAAAGUGAUAGGAUAGAGGUUGUUGUUAAGUGGAUUUCGCCACCUCAUGUGACAGAAUAGAACUGCCCCAUAGGGUCUUUAGGCUAUAAUCUUUACAGAGGGUUUUCUAGGCUGUAAUCUUUACGGGAGCAGAUCCCCAGGUCUUUCUUCCGGUAGGUAGGUUCAAACUGCUAACCUUUCAAUUAGCAGCCACCAGAGCCCCUUGAUGGGAUAGGGGAGCUGCCCUCUUCACACACAUACUACCCUUUAGCAAAUGCAGAAUUAUGGAGCUGGAGCUGCCCUCCCUCGGCUGGCUGGCCAUUCAUAGGGGUUAAGGUUCAUAAAAUGUAAAUGUAUUCACUGGGGUGGAAAGUGGGGAGGGACAGACCAAAUCAUUAUUAUUCAUUAACUCCAAUGCAUUUCUCAGAUUAGCUGGGCAGUAGCAGCCAAAAGGGCUCCAAGAUGGGGUACCUGAGUAGGGGAGCUGCCACCUAGGUGACCAGGGAUGGCUGGCGGCUGGGGUAGGAGAGGCACUCAGUGGGGAGGCUUCUCGUUGCUGCAGCCCAGGGUGCACCAGGUCCCACCCCCCAGAGGCGGAGCUGGGCGAGCCCCACCGGCCUCAGCUCCUGCAUCCCUCCGGGAGCCCAGACAGGGCAGAGCCUGGGCAGCCGAUCCCAGGGUGGCGCUUCCCACACUCCCACACUCGCCGGCCAGGACACCAGACACUGCCUGAAGCCCUGCAGUGUGGAUGGCAGCCACCCCUAACCCUCAGGGGAAAGCCUGGGCUGGGUGAGCCACACCUGCCCCCCGCAGCCAUGUGAGUACCCCUCCUCCCAGGCCACACCUCCAUACCACAGACCCAGGUCCUGGAGAGGCCACUGCACCCAGCCCAAACCCCUGGGAAGUCACACCUGGGGGCUGAUCCCUGCCUUUCUUGCUGCUCUGGUGGAGGUGGGGUGAGGGGACACCUCCAGGUAGGGCUGGGAACUCCAACUCAGGACCCCAGAGGCCAGGUUUGGAGCAAGGUCUCUGAGGUCUCGGGGGGGUUUAACAGAAUUGAUGGUGCAGAGAGGGAGGGGACAGAAACUGGAGGGCCCAGGAGACAGAAAGACGCCCCUGAUGGACGGUACUAGGGAAAAUGAAGGAAGAAGAGGAAAGGAGCGCAUUGCGUGGAGGCCUGGGGCUGGGGGUCCCUGGGGGGAUUAGAAACAGAAGGGGGCCUAUCCCUCAGCUCAGGGUGGCCGUAAGCCCCUGGUGGAGGGUAGGGGAGCUAGGUAGAAUCCUUUCCUUAUUGACUUUAUUCCUAGCAACAGCAGCGGCUCCCCUGUUGACAGAGAUGGGAGCUCCCACAGGACCCAGGACCCUCCCUCUGGUUCCCACAAUGUGGUGGCCGGAGGCCCACAGCACUGGGGGGCUGAGAACUGGGAGAAAAGUGAAGGAAAGGACAGGGACAGAUCAGAACCACAGAGAGGCGAGGCCUUGCCCUGGGCUCCUCCCUCUCUGGCUCAGCAUCAGCCCCUGGAGGUGUGUGUUGGGGGGGGGGUCUUCUCCCUGCUGCUGGCACCUCCGUAUGUAUCACUGCCACUCCCACCCCCCAGCAACUCCUCUCCUUCCUCCAGCUCCCAGGAAGGGUCCUGUUGCUAGUGCGGAUGGAACAGAGGAGUCGAGUUUAUGGGCUGGAAAUCCUAGCCGGAGGCUGCUCACUGAGCUGGAACCGGCUACGAGGGCAGAUGGGGGCGGGGGCGGUGCAGGAUACAAGGCACCCUGCUUGCUGCCACCCCUUGCCCUGGCACCUGCCGCCUCAUUAAUGUGAGUGCCUCACACCUGCCCCCGCCCCCCCUUAGUAACAUAACAUCUGGCAUAAUGCUUUGGGGCCAUAACUUCUUUGCACCCAACCAGGGGCUGAGCAUCUGAAGACGGGGAUCCCCGCGUGCACCUCAGUACUUGCCCUGAGUGCACCUGGCCGCUGCCCAAAGGAGACUCUGGAAUACUGGCUGCUGCCAGACUGCUCACACCAGCCCCUUGCCUCACUUUUGGCUAAUUUAGUGGCCUGGCCAGGCGGAGGCAGGGGAUGGACAAAACGCUUUGGGGCUGAGUGGGGCUGCCUUUGCAUCUAAACAGAUGUUUCAAGAGAGACCAAAAAUAGGGUAUUUUAUAUAAAUUUUUUAUUGGCAAUUAAAUGUAUUAGCAGACGGGAUAUGACCCACUGUUCAGCGGUCCACACCUUUGGAUUAAUGUGCAGUCCCCAGCAGGACAAUGACCUGUGUGGCCCCCUAACUCUGACUCCCCCAUCCUCCAUGUAGGCACACUGGCUGCUGUUCCAGACCUCCCCUCUCUGGAGGCCCAAGAUGACACCCAACAGCAGCUGGGAAGUGCCCAGCCCCAUUCCCAGGGGAACCCUGGGGCUCUCCCUGGCCCUGGCAAGCCUCAUCGUUGCUGCCAACCUGCUCCUGGCCCUGGGCAUUGCCUGGGACCGCCGCCUGCGCAGCCCACCCGCUGGCUGCUUCUUCCUGAGCCUGCUACUGGCUGGGCUGUUCACAGGGCUGGCACUGCCCACGCUGCCCGGGCUGUGGAGCCAGAGCCGCCGGGGAUACUGGCCUUGCAUCCUCCUCUACCUGGCCCCCAACUUCUCCUUCCUCUCCCUGCUUGCCAACCUCCUGCUGGUGCAUGGGGAGCGCUAUAUGGCAGUGCUGCGGCCCCUCCGGCCCCGCGGGAACACUCGGCUGGCCCUGCUCCUCACCUGGACUGGGCCGCUGCUCUUUGCCAGCCUGCCCGCUCUGGGAUGGAACCACUGGGCCCCUGGGGCCAACUGCAGCUCCCAGGCUAUCUUCCCAGCCCCCUACCUCUACCUUGAAGUCUAUGGGAUCCUGCUGCCUGCCGUGGGUGCUGCCGCCCUGCUCUCUGCCCGUGUGCUGGCCACUGCCCACCGCCAGCUGCAGGACAUCCGCAGGCUGGAGCGGGCAGUGUGCCGCGGCGAGCCCUCAACCCUGGCCCGGGCCCUCACCUGGAGGCAGGCAAGGGCGCAGGCGGGAGCCACACUGCUCUUUGGGCUGUGCUGGGGGCCCUAUGUAGCCACACAGCUGCUCUCUGUUCUGGCCUAUGAGCAUCGCCCCCCACUGGGGCCUGGAACUCUGUUGUCCCUGACCUCGCUGGGCAGUGCCAGUGCAGCGGCCGUGCCUGUAGCCAUGGGGCUGGGUGAUCAGCGCUACACAGCACCCUGGCGGGCAGCCGCCCGAAGGUGGCUACAGCGGCUGCAGGGAAGAGCCUCCGGGGGCAGCCCCAGCCCCAGCACUGCCUACUACACCAGCAGCCAAGGCAGCGCUGGCUUGGACUUCAACUAGGGGAACAGAAAGGGCCGCUGCUGACUACUAGAAACAUCCAACCAUCUCGGCCACCAAGCCCGCCUCUCUUGUGUCCCCACUCCUGGAUCAGAGACCCUGCCCCAUAUUUGGCCCCACCCUGGCUGAAUAAAGCUCUCUGGCUCUGUUUAUAGUUUUCUCACUCCACCCAGAAAGGGAACAGCUAUGGAAAGAACCUAAAGAACAAGCCGUGUGUACCAAGAGAGAGUCCAUCUCCAGACAGGCAGGUAUUCUAGGGCAGAACAGACAACCGCCCAAGAGAGUUGAGGUGCCUUCAAACUCAAAAGAUCUUUUGGGGACCCUCGCCUGACAAGCCUAACCGUCACAAAAUCCACACACACGUCUCUGGGAAGUAUAUUUUAUUUACAUUUUUAAAAUCUGUAACUAGUAUCUCUUCUUCCUUUCCACCCCCAAAGACUUGGGAAAGGAAAGGAAGAGAACCUCAAAGACCUACUCCCCACAUACAAAUACACAUCCCCAUGGCUCACACCAGCAAAGGAAAGUGAAAGAGAUCAGAGACUCCCUCUGAAGGACCUGCCAGGUCUGGGCAGGGGCAAGGAGGGAGGGGCCUGAGGGGGUGGGUCUCUAAAGAGAAGAAAGGGACAGGGAGGGGGCAAGUCAGUUUGAAGGGGUUGAAAGUAGUCCAAGGCCCCUCCCCUCCUCUCCCCCAGGUACCCUACUGCCUCUGCUGGUGGGGAGGGGGACGCCCUCCAUCCCCCUCAACACCAGACACAAAGCCAGAGGCAGCAGCCUUUAGCGGUCAGGUCUCUGGACACAAAAUACUUUUGCUUUAUGGUCUCCUGAUGUGGUCACCACCAGGGAGGCAUCUCUGUAGACAGAAAGCACAAGGUUGGAGGGAAUGGGGUGCCUGGGGCCCAGCCCCAGGCAAGCUACCCAGGGAUCUAGGACGGUCUCGCCCCUUCAAGCGCUUCCUCAAUUUUAGAUCCCUGGUGCCCAGCACUGGAGCCCUGGUGGUACAGUGAUUAAGAGCUACGGCUGCUAACCAAAAGAUCCGCAGUUCAAAUCCACCAGUUGCUCCUUGGAAAGCCUAUGGGCAGCUCUACUCUGUCCUAUAGGGUCACUAUGAGCAGGAAUCACCUCCACGGCAGUGGGUUUGGUUUGGUGCCCAGCACUGUGCCAGCACAUCCACACCAAAUGAGCAUACAUGAAGCAGGCACCCAGCAAGGGGAUCAUACGAGGAGCCCCCAGCACAGGAGAAGCACAGAACCGAGCUAGGCGGGAGCCUGAGUCUCAGUUCGAGACUGAGGUGUAAACCACUGGGGUUGGGGCUGGAUUGGGUUUCCCAGCACUCCUGCCUCCCAGGCUAGGGCCCCACUACCCUUAGUCAUCCUCUCCACACCUGAGGACACCGCUCAUGCUACUCCUAUCUUCCAAAACCACACGUGGGUCCCACCUUUGCCCAAUUCCCUUACUUGCUAAGAGCAAAGUCCAGGAUCUCAGCUGUGUGGCCCCGGUAAUCGGUGAGCAGACGGCCGGUGCGAGCGUCCCAAAGGCGCACAAUGCCAUCCAGGCUGCAGGUAUAAA